GAAAAAUUAAAUUGGAUCAAUCGAUUUCAAUUAAUCGUUUAACUUAAAUUAACCUUUCCAAUUACGGUUUUAUUUUGUUUACUACGCGAUGGCGCCACUUUCCGCAUACAAACUGUCAAUUAACGCGUUUGUUAUUUAAACUUCGAAAAACGAUCAAUUUUAAUGAGUUCCUGACGUUUUUAACGAAUUGCUCAUGCUAUCCAACGAUUAAAACCCCUUUACGAUGGAAUUACGAGCGGAGGAGAUACUAAAAGGAUUCCAAGUAAAUUGGAUUUGUUUGAAAGACGCCGAACAUGGGAACGUGUUUUGGCAAGGAACCGACGAUUUAAGUUUACCGGGCGUUGAACACCGCGCCCAAGUCCCCAAAAACAUCCUGCAAUGCCCCGCCGUUUCGAGGGAGUUCAAUUUUAGUUCGAAGGAGGCCAUCGAAAAGUUCCGAUUAGAACAAAAAGUCUUAUUUAAAGGGCGGUGCUUGGAGGAGUGGUCCUUCGAGUUUGGAUACGUUAUGCCCGAAUCGACGAAUACGUGGCAAAGUAUUAUGGAGGCAGCCCCGGAAUCCCAAAUGAUGCCGGCUUCCGUUUUAAACGGAAAUGUUGUCAUCGAAACACGAUUCUUCGAUGAUAAAUUAUUGAUAUGUACAUCGAAAGUGAGGCUAUUUUAUGUGUAAAAGUGAAUUUGACAGUUUGAGGUUAGGAUUAGGAAUAAUUUUUAUUUGACACUUGGGACCAUUUUUUUUUGUGUUGUUGGUAACGAAAUUAACCUAAAAUAAGUGUUAAUUAUUGAGGUUAAGUGUUUAAUAAUUAAAUUUUAAGCAGUUUUGUUUUGAAAAAUAAAUCCAAAAGAUGAAU